AUGAAGUUUGCUUAUAAGUUCAGCAACUUGCUCGGAACAGUUUUCCGCAAAGGAAAUUUGGUUUUCAGCAAAGAUGGAAAUUCAAUCAUCAGCCCAGUUGGCAACAGAUUAACUGUAUAUGAUUUAAAAAAUAAUAAAUCACAAACACUUUCGAUUCAAAGCAAUUACAACAUCACAUCGUUGGAUCUUUCUCCGAACGGUUGUUUGCUUGUAGCAUCAAAUGAAAGUGGUGAAACCUUCAUGAUUAGUAUGAUAAGUCAAACAGUCAUCCACACUUACAAAUUUAAUUGUGAACCAAAAUGCAUAAAAUUUAGUCCUGAUGGAAAAUUCUUUGCAAUGUGCGUCGCUGAAUUGGUUUACAUUUUCAAAAGUCCUGGAAUGAUUACCGGUCAAUUUAAUUCAUUCAUCAUCGAAAGAAUCUUCCACGAUGCUCACGAAGAAAAAACAUGUCUUGACUGGUCAUUCGAUUCACGAUUUAUUAUUGUUGGAUCAAAAGACAAUUCUGCAAAAAUUUUUGCACUUCGACUGUUGGAAAAUUUUCGUCCUUUUGUAUUAAGUGGACAUUCGGAUGAAAUUGUGAGUUGCGCUUUCGAAGAGAAUUCUUUGAAUGCUUUUUUGAUCAGUCGAAAUGGACAAUUAAGUAUGUGGGAAUCAAGUAUGAAAGCGGAAGAUUUCAUUGAACUUGUUUAUGUGAAAACCGAGGAACCUGAAGAUAAACGUCAGAAGGAGGAAGAUUCCGAUGAAGAUGACGAUUUUGAUAAUGAAGAUGAAGUUGAGAAGUCAUCGGGAGAUGAAAAUAAUUCAAGAGAUAAACAAGGAAAAAUUAUUGUUGCAAAUGAUGAAGAGAAACAAAAAUUCUUUUACAAACGUUUAGCCAGACAUUACUUGAUGGAUGAAUUGAAAAAAGAAAAUCGAAAUGUAAAGUUGACUUCAGCAAGUUACCAUAAAAAGCUUAAAUUGUUAGUGACAGCAUAUUCGACUGGUGCUUUUUAUCUCCACGAACUUCCUGACGUCACAAUGAUUCACUCUUUAAACAUCUCAGAUUAUGCAGUUGACACUGCAAUCUUCAACACAAAUGGUGAUUGGGUUGCUUUGGGAGUGUCAGGAGCUGGUCAGUUGUUAGUUUGGGAAUGGCAAAGUGAACAGUAUGUGAUGAAACAACAAGGACAUAGUAACGUAAUGAGUUCAAUUUCUUACUCGCCUGAUGGAAAUUUCAUUGUGACUGGAAGUUACGACGGAAAAGUGAAAGUGUGGAAUGUUCAAAGCGGAUUUUGUUUCAUGACAUUUUCCGAACACACAAGUGGAGUGACUGGAAUUGAUUUUUGUAAAAAUAAGAAGUUCUUUGCUUCAGCAUCGCUCGAUGGAACUGUUCGUGCUUUUGACAUGAUUCGUUAUAGAAAUUUUAAGACAUUUACAGCACCUCGUUUAGUUCAGUUUAGUUGUGUUGCAAUUGAUUAUUCUGGUGAACUUGUUGCAGCUGGCGCUCAAGAUGUCUUCGAUAUUCAUUUGUGGUCGUUGAAGUUUGGAAAGAUUUUGGAAGUUUUGAGUGGUCAUGAAGCUCCAGUUGCAAGUUUAGAUUUCUCGCCUGUUCCAACUUCUUCAGCUCUUGUUUCUGGAUCUUGGGAUCACACAAUCAAAAUUUGGAAUUGUUUAGAAACUUCAGGAUCACACGAAACUGUCGACUUAUCGUCAGAUGUUGUUUGCGUUGCUUUUAACCCAAACGGCGAAGAAGUUGCUGUGGCGAGUUUAAAUUGCACAAUCAGCAUCUUUAAUGUCGUCUCAGCUGAACAGAUCAACACUAUCGAAUGUAAACGAGAUGUUGGUUUUAGCAUUUCAGAUGGUGACGUUGUUUCGGCCAAGAAAAGCAUGGAAACAAAAUAUUUCUCAUCGAUCACAUAUUCAGCUGAUGGUGAAUGCAUUUUAGCUGGUGGAAAAUCGAAGUUUGUUUGCAUUUAUCAUGUGAGAGAAGGAAUUUUAUUAAAGAAAUUUGAAAUCACUCAAAAUAUGAGUCUGGAUGGAAUGACGGAAUUUAUCAACCGAAGAAACUUAACAGACUUUGGAAAUUUAGCAUUGAUUGAAGAGCGCGAUAAACUUGAAGGUGGAAAUAUAAAACUGAAACUUCCUGGUGCACAAAAGAACGACGUAGCAUCGAGAAACUUUAAACCUGAAGUUGGAGUCUCGUCUUUAAUGUUCUCGCCGAAUGGCCAACAAUGGGCAGCAGCUUCGACUGAAGGUCUCAUGAUUUACUCACUUGAUAAAGGAAUUGUCUUUGAUCCAUUUCAAAUGUCAAUUGAAGUGACACCAAAAGCUGCCAGAUCCUUCAUUGAAGAUAGAGAAUAUUCGUCUGCUCUUAUUAUGAGUUUGAAGCUCAAUGAAGAUAAUUUAAUUCAAGAAAUUAUCGAGAAAAUUCCACACAAAGAAAUUGAACUCGUUCUUGAUUCACUUCCACCAGCAUUCAUUCCAAGAAUCGUUGAUUUCCUCUCGAAAAUGCUCAACACUCAACAUUUAGAAUUUUAUUUAAAAUGGACGUGUUCAGCUUUAACGAAAUUCGGUCAGAAGAAUGAAAUUUUAGAUCCUCAAAUUCUCGUUAGUUUACAUCAAAAUCUUAACCGAAAAUAUGAAGCUUUGAACAAAAUUUGUGACUACAACAAAUACACGAUUCGUGUCAUUAGAAAAACUUCGAAACUUAUGCCAACAAAUAAUGACGAGGAUGAUGCGAUGUUGCUGGUUUCAAAAGCACCCAAUGAGGAAAAUUCUGAUGUCAGUAUGGACGAUGACACUUCAGAAGAAUAA